AUGAGGUACACAGGAGUCCCAUUCGGCCUGGUCUCCAGCGGCAGCGCCUUCCAGAAACUGCUCAGCAGCCUGCUAGAGGGUAUUCCUGGCUGUGGACACUACCCGGACGACAUCCUCGUGUCCGGGAAAGACCAUCAGGAACACGACGCCCGCCUCCGACAGGUCCUGGACAGCCUCGCCCGGUCCAACGUCACCAUAAACCAGGCCAAAUCCGUCUUCAGGCAGACCACCACCGAGUUCUGCGGCCAUAAGCUGUCCAGCGCCGGGGUCGUCCCCGUAACGUCAACCUUCCGCGCCGUGGUUAAGGCGCCGCCUCCCACCAACGUUAGGGAGCUACGCAGCUUCCUGGGGACCAAUGGAUGGUUCAGCCGGUUCGUGCCAGGGCACGCCACGGUCGUCCGACCGAUGGCCGACCUCCUCAAGAAAGGCACGACCUUCCAGUGGACCCAGGAACAACAGCUCGCCUUCAGCAACGUGAAACAGCUGACCUCGACCAGCCCCGUCAUGCAGCCGUUCGACCCGCACCUGCCGACGGUCGUCACUUCGGACGCGAGUGACCGCGGCGCCGGCGCUGUCCUCACGCAGAUCCAACGCGCUGUCCCGGCUCCCCUGCCGGACACGGCCGGCGCCGAGCCCGACGACGAUGACAUCAUCGCCCUCGUCACGGACGCCGCCGCAGACGUGCUUCCCGACGCCGAGAUCCAGGCAGCAUCGGAAGCCGAUCCAGCACUGAAGGAACUGCGCGAUGACGACAUUAUCCUGCGAGGUCCCGACCGUGUCGUCGUACCGGUCGCCCUGACCGACAAGUACUUACAGGUGGCCCACCAAUCGCACGAGGGAAUCGUGCGCACGAAACAGCUGCUCAGAAAUCUCGCGUGGUGGCCCGGCAUGACGCGAGCCAUCACCGACCUCAUCCGCGACUGCCAGACCUGCCGGACCAAGGAGGCCGUCCUCUCCCAGAGUGCGCCACCGUCAGCCCGCUACGCCAUCACCGUGAUCGACUACGCCAGCAAGUGGCCGCGGGUCGCCCUGACGCCGUCCGCCGAGACAGAUGACGUCAUCAGCCUUCUCGGCACCAUGUGGUCCCGAGAGGGAUACUGUGACGAAGUCGUGAGCGACAACGGCCCCCAGUUCACGAGUGCCAAGUUCGAGAAGUACCUGAGCGACCGCGGCAUCCAUCACCGGAAAUCGUCCCUCUACUGGCCCCGGGGGAAUGCAGCCAUCGAGCGGUUUAACCGCACGCUAAAGACGUGGCUGCUGGAGGCCACCCAGCAACCGUCGCGGACGGCGCAGGCCUUCGCUGCGCACAUUAAGCGCCGCCUGGAGCUGUACCGCGCAGCGCCACACUGCACCACCGGCAUCCCGCCCUCUGGGAGUUUGCACGGCCGCCGCAUGCGCCCCGACCUGCCGGUGAUGUCGGCCAACGCGACAGACGCUGAUAUGCGCACGUGCGUCCAGAAACAACAGCGACGGAACGCGCGCAACUACAACAGGCGCCGCGGUGUGAAGAAAUCGACCAUCCGACCAGGAGACAUGGUCCGAGUUCGUCGACCUGGACACACGCCCAAGAACCUGUCGCGGUUCGGGGCGACACAGACGGUGGUCCGGCGCGUCGGCAGCGCGACGUUUCUCCUGUCGGACGGAACGCGAUGGAGCGCGGCACACCUGGCGGCCGUACCCGCAACCAGUCCGGCCGUGACGCCUGACGGAGACUCAUGA